AUGAUCCGACGCAUUUCGCAAAAUAUCGCGCUGUCGCGCAGCAACCCCGCGCUCGCGCAGAGAUUCUCCGAAGAUCAAAUUGGAGGAGGGGUGACAAGCGUCGGAGAUCGGGGAUCAUCGCCGAGGACCGCGUGGAGGACAUGCGCUUCCCCCGGACUCCACCUGCUUAAACUGCCGACCCCACACACCAACCCCGGACUGCCCACACUUUGCACACGCCAAAUCGCUCGCCCACCUCGGAUUUCCACCCGAAAACCGACCACUAAGCCCAGUCUAGCAAUCGCCGUCUCGAGGCUUGUCGUCCAAGCCUCUCAACCCCCUGGCGGCUUGAGAUUGAUUGGUCCCGACGCAUCGGAAGUUGUCCGGUCCCCAGACAACCAUCCCAUGCCCCCAUGGAUGGCCAGAUACUUGAACCGCGUGGACGAGUGGCACAAGCAGGGAUAG